AUCAACUGUCACAGUCACAUGGUGAUUUUGUUUGUAUUUUUGUAAGGAGUGGGGAAGAUUUCCCGUGAGAAAGCCUUCUCGGAGAAAAAAUGAAGAAGUUCACUGGUAAUUUCUUAAGAUACCAUCUAACACGAGGUCGUUUAAUUGACGGAAUUUCACGGACAAGUCACACAAAACCCGCCAGAACUAUUCCGGGAAUUCCGGCUGAAGGGCCAGGAUUGAAGGAGUUUCUAAUAGCAGGAAAAAACUUGCCAGCUCCUAAUCGUCCAGCAGAAGUGGAGAGCAUACCCUAUUUAACUUCAUUGGAUAUUUCUGGUCAGAAUCGUCGGGUGUUCUUUGAAGUUUAUGGAUGUCAGAUGAACGUUUCAGACACCGAAGUCGUCUGGUCAAUCCUCCGGAAGCACAAUUACCAGAAAGUUGAGGAUAUCGGAGAUGCAGACAUUGUUCUCCUGAUAACUUGCGCAAUCCGGGAGGGAGCAGAAUCAAAGAUAUGGAACAGACUUCACCAUCUAUCAAUCUACAAGAGCAAGCGAUUUCGGGAAGCUCCCCUUCAGAUCGGAAUCCUGGGAUGUAUGGCUGAACGCCUGAAGACAAAAGUCCUCGAAAAGGAACGCCUGGUGGACAUAGUGGCAGGACCUGAUAGCUACAAAGAUCUACCGAGAUUGCUGGCUGUAACUCGAGAUGGACAGCAAAGUGCUGUGAAUGUUCUCCUGUCCCUGGAUGAAACCUACGCAGACAUAACGCCCAUUCGCCUAAAUUCUUCCUCCGUCACGGCUUUUGUCUCCAUCAUGAGAGGCUGUGAUAACAUGUGUUCCUACUGCAUUGUCCCCUUCACCCGGGGACGCGAGAGAUCCCGCCCCAUGGCAUCCAUAGAAGAAGAAGUCAGACACCUUCAGAGUCAAGGAGUUAGAGAAAUCACCCUCCUCGGACAAAAUGUCAAUAGCUAUCGAGACAUCUCCACAACUCCAGACAAAGAACCAACAACCCUAGCACCAGGCUUCAAAACUGUCUACAAACCCAAAAUCGGAGGAGCGAGAUUUGGCGAGCUUCUCGAGAGAAUUGCCAAAGCAGUACCUGAAGUUCGAAUCCGAUUCACAUCGCCCCAUCCCAAAGAUUUCCCCGAGGAAGUUCUCAAGAUAAUCCAAAAACACCCAAACAUCUGCAAAAAUCUCCAUAUGCCAGCUCAAUCCGGAAGUACAGCAGUCCUCGAGAGGAUGCGCCGGGGCUACAGCAGAGAAGCCUACCUUGACCUAAUAGAGAGAGUAAGGAACCUCCUGCCCAAUGUCGCCCUCUCCAGUGACUUCAUUUUGGGAUUCUGCGGAGAAACUGAGGAGGAAUUUACCGAAACCCUGUCCCUAAUUGAAGCUGUCCAGUACAAUGUAGCCUACAUCUUCCCCUACUCCAUGCGAGAAAAAACCACAGCCCAUCGUAGAUUCAAAGAUGACAUCCCUGAAGACGUCAAAGCCCAAAGAAUGAGGAGGACUAUUGAAGUUUUCAGGAGAAAUGCCACUGAACUCAAUAGCCGAAUGAUUGGCCAGGAGCAAUUAAUCCUCAUCGAGGGAAACAGCAAACGCUCCCAGGAAGACUUUUAUGGAAGGAACGAUGGCAAUAUUAAAGUUAUCAUCCCCAAAGUCACAUUAAACUCCCGGGAAAUCCAACCUGGGGACUACAUUGCUGUGAAAAUUCACUCAGCCUCAUCUCAAGUGCUCAAAGGUACUCCACUGAGGCAUACAACACUCUCGGAUUUCCACGAAUCUGUUCAUUAAAUGUAAAUGAAUUUAUAGAGAGACUACAAUAAAAUUGUUGAAAUAGUAA